GCGAGCCCAAACCCUAACUAACCCUAGCCCCGGGCCAUGGCCGCCGACGGCGCCGACGCCGCCUUCGAGGACGAGGUCGAGCCGACGGUCACCAUCCGCGAGUACAUGGACGGCAUCGAGGCCGAGGAGCUGGAGGCGGAUUUGGUGCUGGGCGGCGACGACGGCGACGAGUGCACCUACGGCGCGGGGUACCUCAAGCGCCAGGCCGUCUUCUCCUGCCUCACCUGCGUGCCCGACGGCGCCGCCGGGGUCUGCACCGCAUGCUGCCUCGCCUGCCACGACGGACAUGAGGUUGUUGAACUCUGGACAAAGAGAAACUUUCGUUGUGACUGUGGCAACUCAAAGUUUGGAGGUCACCUCUGCAAGCUCAACCCUGAGAAAGAGCCCGAGAACUCAGCAAAUUCCUAUAAUCAGAAUUUCAAGGGUUCGUAUUGCACGUGCAGUAGGCCUUAUCCUGACCCAGAAGCCAAGGAGCAAGUUGAAAUGAUACAAUGCUGUAUUUGUGAGGACUGGUUUCAUGAGGAUCAUAUUGGCCUUGACUCUGCCGAAAAGAUACCAUGCGAUGAAGAAGGGGAGGCACUAUAUGAGGAUUUCAUAUGCCAUAAAUGCUCGCCUGUCUGUUCUUUCUUGAAACUCUAUCCUGAUACAAUUUGGGCUUCUAGUAAGCAGACUUCUGCAUCAGAAGCUGUUACUGCUGAUUCAAAUGGUAUGGAAGGAGGCUAUUCAGGUCAUGCUAACACUGAGAAAAAUGAAAAUGGUGCCCGUGUAGACCAUCAAAGUGCUGAAAAUACCUCUGUUGAGAAUAACUGUACAAAAGAUAUUGCAGCUUCAGAGAAGUCCAAUUUGGGUGAUAAUUCAGCUGGGAACUGUAAGCUAGGGCUGGAUAUAAAUACAAAGUCAGAUGAUUCAGAGAAAAUUAUGCCAUUUUUCUUAUCAAAAGGGUGGAGAGAGACUCUAUGCAGAUGCGGUGCAUGCACCAACUUCUAUGAACAACGAGGCAUUGCACACCUUACAGACAAGGAGGACUCUAUUGAGGAAUAUGAAAAGAUGGCUAAGGAGAAAAGGCAGAAGAAGUUGGAGCAGCAGGAAGGAGCUGAAGCUAACUUUAUCAACUCACUUAACCAUGUCCAGAAGAUAGAGAUUUUGAGUGGCAUCAGUGACAUGAAGAAUGAAUUUCAGUCCUUUCUGGAAUCCCGUGAUCCUUCUAAACCAGUCACAUCUGAUGAUGUACAAUCUAUAUUUAAGAACCUUGCUAAGAAGAAACAGAGGCUAUCCUGAACUGCAACUGCUUCAGAUGUUGACUGAGCCUGAUGUCCGCUGCAGGAUAAUCUAGAUCUUCGUUGAUUCACCAAACUCUCGAGCUGUGUCUUACCACUGCUUAUUAUCUACCGUAAGCUGGACAGUUAUCUGUCUACCGGUCUGUGUAGUUCACUCCCUGCAAUGCUAGUGUCAUUGUAAUGCUGAAUACCUAAAUGUUUCAGAGUCAGCUAAUGGUAGAUGCCAAACUUCUGGUGGUGCGAACUGCAAGUUGUUCCUUUGAACCAAAACUUUCUUAUGUGGUAUUUGCAUUGCCAAAAACUGUAUUGUACUGUGUGUUGCUCUUU